AUGUACCAAGUCAGAUUCCAUAAUGAAGCUCCACUUAUUCGAAUUGAGCAAAGAGAUGAGCCUGCUUACUGUCAGCUGAUUGAAGAAGAAACUGAUGAUGAGCUUGGUCCUUAUUCAGCUGGGAAUGUUCCCGAAUCCAGCCGUCGUUUAGGCAGUGAGUUUCUUGAGCGCUCCAAUGAAUUUCACAGUAAACCUGCUUAUCACCAUGACUACAGUGCCUGGACAGCCUGCCAUUUUAAUCCUCACAAGCUGCAGCAGUGUCAAAUGAAUGCUUUUGAGAGCCACUUUUAUCCUUAUCCUGUCGAGAACCAGCUCCAGUGUGUUCCAAUUAAUAUGUUAUCUCAGGGUUACUCGCGGGAGCAAUAUCAAGAAUUUCAGUAUUUUGUGGUCAUAAACUUUGAGGCAACCUGUGAUAAGGAUAAAAAUCCCCAUCCUCAAGAAAUAAUUGAUUGUCCAUCUGUCAUAGUGAGUAGUGUCACUGGUCAGUUGGAAGCAUGUUUUCAAACUUAUGUGAAGCCUACCUGCAAUCAGCUUCUGAGUGACUUCUGCAAGGAUCUGACCAGUAUCCAGCAAAUUCAGGUAGACAGAGGUGUUACAUUGAGUGAGGCUCUACCGAGGCAUGACAAAUGGCUCGAGAAAAAGGGAAUAAAGAAUGCCAACUUUGCUGUGGUUACAUGGUCUAGCUGGGACUGUCGUGUGAUGCUUGAAUCUGAGUGUCGUUUCAAGAAAAUACGAAAGCCACCUUAUUUCAACCGCUGGAUCAACUUGAGAAUUCCUUUCAGCGAGGUAUUUAAUGAUGUGAAGGGAAAUCUUAGAGGAGUUUGAAUAAGAAUUGUAGCUAAGCCGUCUGCCGAAUUUGUUGUCGGAAUACUUGCAACUUGGUUUAGCGGAGGUGUUGCUGUACCACUUGCACUCAGCUAUCCAGAAGUAGAGCUCUUGUAUGUGAUGAAUAAUUCGGAUGUGUCUGCAAUACUAAGUACUGAAGAUCAUAGUGAGUCAAUGCAAAACAUUGCCAACAAAACAUCUUCUCGGUUUUUUUUUCAUAUUCCGCCCGUUCCUAAUAAGUCCUCCGAGAAGAGCAACAACGGACAUUCAAAAAAUGGAGAAAGUGAUGCAGAUAGAAUUUUCCUGGAAAACAUUGAAAGAUCAAGUGAAAAUCCAGCACUGAUUUUGUACACUAGCGGGACAACAGGUAAACCUAAGGGAAUUGUUUAUACACACAGAAGCAUCCUUGCUCAGGUCCAAGCCUCGACAAAAGCAUGGGAGUACACAUCAACUGACCGGUUUUUGCAUUGUCUACCAUUACAUCAUGUCCAUGGGCUUUUCAAUGGUUUAUUCGCCCCUCUCUACGUCGGUUCCACAGUUGAGUUUUCUUCCGAAAUUUAGUGUCAGUGGAAUUUGGAAGAGAUGGUGUGAGUCAUAUCCAACUGAAGGAUAUGAGGCUGAUGAUGCUAUAACUGUACUCACCGGAGUUCCAACUAUGUACACUCGAUUAAUACAAGGUUAUCAUGCCAUGGAUCCAGAGCUGAGAGCCACUUCUGCAUC